AUGUUCGAACCUACUCCCUCACUGAGCCUACACCGCUUGAGUAGGCAUAGCCUUCAAGAUCGAUACGAGUCGGACGAGGAGGCUGUAUCUGAAUCUGAUACAGGCGCCCAAGAUCUACUUUCCUCGCCCGUAGGCUCACGAGCCGGCAUCUUUGACUCAGAUCUCAGUGCCGACGAGAAUUCACAAUAUUCUGAUCGGGAAGAACAGAUUCUGGCUCCGCCAACAGCCAAACGGGCCCGUCCUGUCUCUUCGGCUACAAUCAAGAGAAACAGCGAUGCCACUUUUGACGAAGAUACAUAUGUCUUUGAUCCGGAAGAGCAGCUGAUCCUUGAACUGCCACCGUCAGAUUCUCCACCACUGGAAUCCAGCACCUUCUUACAGCCAUCCGUAUACGUCUGGCCUAAACCACAGCCGGCCAACUCAAGAUCUCGCUCUGCUUCACCCUCAUCGGUCUUUUCCGUAGAGGAGGCAGAUAUCCAGGUUGCCAAGGAGGUGACAAUCAUGGAGCCUGGAACUCGUCCUACAGUGGUCUUGAUCAACGCUCUGGGGUCACGGUCAAUGCCCUCAAAACCCCGUCCCAGCCAUAACCGCGGCCGGGAAAGCAGCCGCACCCGCUCUAUGCUUGUCAGGGCUGACAGUCGCCGACUUACAAUGCAACGCUUGUCCGACCCAGCGAACAAGUCACCACGAGUAUCUGAGAAAAGAAACACCAUGAAGCAGGCGCCCAAGCCAGCCCCAAUGCCAGCCCCAACCCCAGCCCUAGAAGAAGAUACACAAUUCGCACUUAGUGCAACCAUCAACCGAGUCUCCGAAAUCUCAUAUUUCCCAGCACCACCACGCACACUCCCAACCCAAGAGUACCGACCCCGACCCCGAACCUCAGGCCUGGAAAAGACAAUGCCCCCACCACUAAGCCUGCGCACUCGUCGACCUCCCUCAAUGCGCAGCAUAAGCAGCAUCAGCAUCCCAACCUACAACUCUCGCCCAUCAACGCCCUUCUCACCCGAGGACGGCAAGCCAAAUAAUUACACCGACGUACCAUCCCCACUCACCAGAACCUGCAGCCCAACCUCAAUCUCACCCGCCUCACCACAACCAUACAUCUCCUCGAAGCGCGUCCCUUCAACCUACAGCGUAUCGAAUAUUCUCACAAGUCGCUCGCCACUUAUGAUGCGUCGCAUGACAAGGAAACACUCUGCCUCUAGCGUGCAUUCGCUGAGUAGUCUGCGCUCAGAGGUCGACGUUAAUGGUCCUUCUUCAUCGCAGAUCUCUGUCGCGACCCAGCCUGCCCCGCAUCCCAGUGCUGACUGCCAUGUCGUGCGAAAGUCUAGUCAGCGUCGCCAUACUCGACAUGCUAGCGUUUUGCCCAGUGGGAGGGGGUUUAUGGGAUUGAAGCUGGGGAAGAAAUCGCAUGCUAAGGCAUAG